AGGAUCCUUCAAAUGCGGCCCACAAAUACGUCCUCCUUUUCCCCGAAUUGGAAGGAUGGGUGUGGUGGAUCCUUUCCCGUCCUACCUAUCCCAUAAUUCUUUUCGGCAGAGCGUAAUGGCGGACGAAGCGAGCGGUAGCGGAGUGGGAGAGGAGUAUGCUUUUCGAUGGACGAAAGAGCAGACAGAAGUGUUUAUAAAGCUCCGGGGAGAGAACGAUGAGCUCUUCACUGGAGCAAAGAACUCUGCCACUGUGGGAUGGAGGAUAGUUUUGGAGAAGAUGGGCCUGUCUGGUAAAGUGACACCAGCCCGAGCAAAGAAAAAGUGGGACAAUUUAAAAAAGAAAUAUAAAGAAUGCAAGUAUCCAGGGUCAGGAGAGGGAGUGAGUGGGAAGCCCACUGCUGCUACUUGCCCUGGGCCAAGCGCAGCAGUGAGUGACCAAGAGGAGAGAGAGGAAGAAGAGAGGGAAGGAGAUAGGCAGCCAGCAGCGAAGAAGAGGAGAAGGGACAGUGACCAGGAGCUGUUAGACCUCAUCAGGGAGGACAUGAGGCAGCAGAGAGAGGCUGAAGAGAGGAGGGCACAGGAGAGAAGGGAGAGGAUGGACAGGCUCUUCUCUAUUCUGGAGCGUUGGGUCCCCAAAUAA